CAAUCAGCACCGACUCUAGAAGUACCGGGGGAAAUAACACAGUGAGGUGCAUGUUGUACUCCUGCUGAGUGAAACUAAAUAAAGAUUAUAAUAACUCUGCUUAAAUCCGAGGGAUAAAAUCAGGCCUACAGUUUCCUGCCUAACACAACAGGUAUGGAUGCAGAGGGUUUUGGGGAGCUGCUGCAGCAGGCGGAGCAGCUAGCUGCUGAGACAGAAGCAGUGUCUGAGCUGCCGCAUGUUGAGAGGAACCUUCAGGAGAUCCAGCAGGCCGGGGAGAGGCUUCGAUCACGCACCCUGACCCGCACCUCGCAAGAUGCUGCUGACGUAAAAGCGUCCAUCCUCCUUGGAUCCAGAGGUUUAGACAUCUUCCACAUCUCUCAGAGGUUGGAAAGUCUAAGUGCUGCCACCACUUUUGAGCCCCUGGAGCCGGUCAAAGACACUGACAUACAGGGCUUCUUGAAGAACGAGAGGGACAACGCCCUGCUGUCAGCCAUCGAGGAGUCUCGCCGCAGGACGUUCCUGUUGGCUGAGGAGUACCACCGUGAGUCGAUGCUGGUCCAGUGGGAGCAGGUGAAGCAGAGAGUGCUGCAUACUCUACUCGGAGCAGGAGAGGACGCACUCGACUUCAGUCAGGAUGUUGAGCCCAGCUUUGUGAGUGAAGUGACGGCUCCAGGGCGAAGUGCAUUAGACAGCGUGGAGGUGGCAUACGGACGACAGAUUUACAUUUUCAAUGAGAAGAUAGUGAAUGGUCACAUUCAGCCUAAUCUGGGAGAUUUAUGUGCGUCUGUAGCUGACAGCCUGGAUGACAAGAACGUGUCAGAGAUGUGGCUGAUGGUGAAACAGAUGACCGAUGUGUUGCUGGUUCCAGCCAAAGACACUCUCAAAAGUCGCACCUCUGUUGAGAUGCAAAUGGCCUUCGUCCGUCAGGCCCUCAGCUUCCUCGAGAACAGUUAUAAAAACUACACCAUGGUGACCGUGUUUGGAAACCUCCAUCAGGCCCAACUCGGAGGAGUGCCAGGAACGUACCAGCUGGUCCGCAGCUUUCUCAACAUUAAACUACCAGGGCCCCUACCUGGCAUGCAGGAUGGGGAGAUAGAGGGCCACCCAGUGUGGGCCGUGAUCUACUACUGUCUGCGUUGUGGAGACCUGAACGCAGCCAUGCAGGUCGUGAACAGAGUGCAGCAUCAGCUCGGAGACUUUAAGACCUGGUUUCAGGAGUACAUGAACAGCCCUGACAGACGCCUCUCCCCGACCUCGGAGAACAAGCUCCGCCUUCACUACCGCAGAGUGCUGAGGAACAGCGCUGACCCCUACAAGAGAGCCGUCUACUGCCUGAUCGGAAAAUGUGACAUCAGCGAUAACCACGGAGAGGUGGCAGACAAGACUGAAGACUACCUCUGGCUUAAGUUGAACCAGGUGUGUUUCGAUGACGACGGCGCCAGCUCCCCUCAGGACAGACUGACCCUACCUCAGCUACAGAAACAGCUGCUGGAGGACUACGGAGAGUCUCAUUUCUCUGCGAGCCAGCAGCCCUUCCUGUAUUUCCAGGUGUUGUUCCUGACAGCUCAGUUUGAGGCGGCGGUGGCGUUCUUGUUUCGCGCCGAGAGACUCCGGAGUCACGCUGUUCACGUGGCGUUGGUCCUUUACGAGCUGCGGCUGUUGCUGAAGUCGUCCGGACAGAGUGCGCAGCUGUUGAGUCAGGAGCCUGGUGACCCUCUGAUGGUGCGUCGCCUUAACUUCAUCCGUCUGCUCAUGCUGUACACUCGCAAGUUUGAGUCCACUGAUCCCCGGGAAGCCCUGCAGUACUUCUACUUCCUACGCAAUGAGAAAGACAGCCAGGGAGAAAACAUGUUCAUGCGAUGUGUCAGCGAACUCGUCAUCGAGAGUCGAGAGUUCGACAUGCUGUUGGGGAGAUUAGAGAAAGACGGCAGCAGGAAGCCCGGAGUCAUAGAUAAGUUUGCCGGGGACACCAGAGCCAUCAUCAGUAAAGUGGCUCUCGAGGCAGAGAACAAGGGCCUGUUUGAGGAGGCGGUCAAACUGUACGAGCUGGCCAAGAAUCCAGAUAAGGUGCUGGAGCUGAUGAACAAGCUGUUGAGCCCGGUCAUCGCUCAGGUCAGCGCUCCUCAGUCCAACAAGGAGAGGCUAAAAAACACUGCAGUGGCUAUUGCUGAGAGGUAUCGCUCUCAUGCUGUAUCAGGAGAAAAGUCGGUCGACAGCACUUUCUACCUGCUGUUAGACCUGACGACGUUCUUUGAUGAGUACCAUGCAGGUCACGUCGACAGAGCCUACGACGUGAUGGAGCGUUUGAAGCUUCUUCCUCUCAGUCAGGACAGCGUCGAGGAGAGAGUCGCUGCUUUCAGGAACUUCAGUGACGAGGUACGACACAACCUGUCCGAGGUUCUCCUGGCCACCAUGAACAUCCUAUUCACUCAGCACAAGCGGCUGAAGGGGACGCCUGCAGGGACGCCGGGGCGACCACAGAGGACCAUCGAAGACAGAGACAUGCAACUCCGCAAUCAGGCCAGAGCCCUCAUCACCUUCGCUGGUAUGAUUCCUUACAACAUGGCCGGAGACACCAACGCAAGACUGGUGCAGAUGGAAUUACUGAUGAACUGAGACCAAACACAUUCUCACACACACACACACACACACACACACACACACACACACACACACACACACACACACACACACACACACACACACACACACACACACACACACACACACACACACACACACACACACACGUAGCCAGAUUGCAUCCUUAUGAGUUUCCUCCUUGACAGCCAGAAACUUCCUGGCUUUUGAAGAAACGUGUCACAUUCACACACACACACACACACACACACACACACACACACACACACACACACACACACACACACACACACACACACACACACAUUUUUGUUUUGUAUAGAAAAUUACAUUCAUCAACAGAAACAUCCUUUCUUCACCCCCCUGAGUUCACAUUAAAUAUCCGUCAGUUUGUUUUGUUGUAUCGUUUUUCCAUUUUGUUGUUUCAUAUUUGUAUCUUUGAUGAUUUGGAAUAAAACUUAAGUUUUCA